AUGGCACAGCAAGCAUCUCAAAUAUACUCCUCAAACUUCGAUCGCACCUCCAAAGAAAACCGCUGGUACUACAAAGAUCUCGGAGCUCAUCUGCCAGCAGUUUCUCGCAAGCUGCUUGAAGGAUACAGCCAAAUCCCCUCCGAAGAUGUCGAUUCUCACGUGUACAAAAUGCGUGACAUCUUAUGGGAUUACGCUCCCUAUCCCUGCAUCGGGGAAUUCAAAUUCCUAACCCUCAAUCUCCCCCUCCAUCCAAAAUACCCCGCAAUGCUCCAACUCCUUGCUCCUACAGCCUCCAACCCAUCUCCCAAGUUCCUCGACCUUGGCUGCUGCGUCGGACAGGAACUUCGGGCUCUAGCGCAUUUCGGCAAAGUCCCUUCCGAAGAUCUCUACGGGUCUGAUAUCAACGGGUCGUUCCUGUCUACCUCUUACGACCUCUUCAAGGACAAGUCAAGAUUCAAGGGAACUCUCGUACCAGCGGACAUCUUUUCCCAAAGCAUUUUUGACGCAGGUGGACCAUUCGAGAACUGGGAAGGAAAUUUUACCGUCAUCCAUGCCGGGCUAUUCCUGCACCUGUUCAAUAUCCAGCAACAGGUCGAAGUCUGCAAAACAAUCAUCAAACUGCUCUCAGAUCAGCCAGGUGCCCUCUUCCUCGGUGAAAUGGUAGGCUGCCUUGGGGGCGGAGAGAGAGGUGGAGGCAAAGAUUUCAAGUUUUGGAAGCAGGGAGAAGAGAGGAAGCAGUUCCUCCAUGACGGAGAAAGCUUCAAAGCUCUGUGGGAUGAAGUAGCCAAGAUGACAUCAACUGAGGGCAUGUGGAAAGUCGAAGGCAAGUUCAAAGUAAGAGAGAAAGAAGCAGACGGAGAAGGAAGCAAAGGAUGCGCAUUCUUCGUUGGUGAGGGUAUCGGAUGGUUGACAUUCAGUGUUGAGAGAAAGUAG